ACACGCGAGAAGUCUAGAAUUAGAACCGACGACGCGUGCACGUUUCGAUGAGUAAAACCCUCCACGUGUCCCUUGCGUCACACUUUCCCGAUGCUCUCGCGAUGCAUCCGGAAGUUUCUCACGCCUAAAGCAUCCCUUACUUCCUCACUCCUUCUCUUUCUUCGCUUCCCCUGCAAUUAGGAAACCUUCUUUCGACUGAAAUCUUUUCGGUUUCUUGUUUUAUAGAGAAACAGAACCCUCGCCCUCUCUCCUUCAUUUUCCCUUUUCUCGUGCUGAAAAACUAAGUCACGUUUUGAAAAUAGUGGCAACGUCUUGACUGUUUCUUGACAAAUGUGGCAGCAUCCCUACCGCAAAUCAGAUGUGGAGGCCGGCGCACGGCCGCUCUAUCCUAUGAUGCUCGAGUCCCCGGAAUAUCGGUGGGCCUUUAUCCGCAAGAUUUACACAAUCUUAGCCCUCCAAUUGCUGCUCACCAUCGCCGUCGCAGCCGUCGUAGUCACCGUGCACCCGAUUGCGCGAUUCUUCACGAGCACCGAGGCCGGACUGGCUCUGUACAUUGUUCUUAUCUUCGUGCCGUUCAUAACCCUGUGCCCGUUGUACUACUAUCAUCAGAUUCACCCGGUGAACUACUUGCUUCUUGGGACAUUUACGGUGUCUCUGGCUUUCGUAGUUGGGCUGACAUGUGCUUUUACUAGCGGAAAAGUUAUUUUGGAGUCUGUGAUUCUAACAGCUGUGGUUGUGGUGAGCCUCACUUUGUACACCUUCUGGGCAGCAAGGAAAGGCUACGAUUUCAACUUUCUAGGGCCCUUCUUGUUUGGUGCUGUUCUAGUGCUAAUUGUCUUUGCACUGAUUCAGAUACUAUUUCCCCUGGGCAAGCUGUCUGUAAUGAUCUAUGGUGGUUUGGCAUCGAUCAUAUUUUGCGGGUACAUAAUCUAUGACACAGAUAACCUGAUCAAGCGCUACACUUAUGAUGAGUACAUCUGGGCUGCGGUUUCCCUGUAUCUGGAUGUCAUUAAUCUUUUCCUCUCCCUGCUAACCAUCUUCAGGGCUGUUGAAAGCUAGGGUAGUGGUAGUAUUGCUAUUUUGGUGUAAACGCUUGAAAGUAGCAUCUUUUUUCUGGUGCUUUUAAAGUGUUUUUUUCUUGGAAAAAUGACUGUUUUUCUUGCACCGCCAAUUGUAGGGGACUACUGCCACUUCGAAAUUUUUUGAAUAA